ACCGUCUGGUUUGUUGGUCUCCUCGCGCACCCUUCCUCGCCGUACCCAUACAGCCCUCCUUUGCUCUAUUGAGCUCUGGAAGCAAGCUCCUACUUUUGUCGAGCAGGUGGUGGGCAUAUCACUAACAUCGAGAAGCCAUGAAAUCCCGCACUUUGUCAUUGGCAGAGAAGUGCAAGAAUAUAUUGGCAUCAAACUGGCAAGGUUAUCUCAAUACCAUCAAAGCAGAUGUCAAAGGAAGCAAAAGCGGCAUCUAUACAUCGAAAGUUAAGUACAUAAUCAGGAGAGGGAAGCCAUACAUUUGGGUACCGGAAAACGAUUUACAUAAUGUGAAUGCAAUGAUUGAUGAGCGUGGUUCUUUUGCUGUGACCACUCCUUUUCCAGGCCCCCUAGGUGGCUUACUUAAAUCAUUGAAAAAGUCACCAGCACGGGUUGCUUUAGUUGGGGAUGUUGUUCCACUUAAUGAAGAUAAGGUUAAAUCUCUUGCAGAAAAACUUGAGCAAGUUGUAAUGUCUGAGCCAAAAGCAAUGAAGGACUUCAGUUAUGUUGUUUCUGGUGUACUAAGCUCUAGCCUUAGCCGUGCAUCACGAAGUGAUAGUCUUCAAGAAAUAUUGGGAGAUGUAGAAAGAUAUUCGGUGUAUAAAUUUGAAAUGAGCUCAUGCACAUAUAUUGAUGGCCAUGGAGGAACUUUUGAAGUGAAUGUUGAAGAUUUGAACACAUUCAAAGCUGAUCCAUUGGCAUCAUUUUCAGCGAAGCUCAUUGAUGGGAUUAACCAAAGCGAUGCUAGGCGUAGAGCUCUUGUGCUUUUCUGUUUGGUCUACAUGAAUGUCGUUGUAAAGGAUGCAUACGUAACAUCAGUGGACCGCAAGGGAUUCAGUGUGCUUGGAAAGCUUCCUGAUCCUGUUUUGGAGGAUGGCAGUGGUCACUACAAUUGGAAAGAAUACAGACCAGUUGAAGCUGUAGAAGGGACUCGUAGUGCCACCUCGCCUCCUUACGGGGGAGUUCGUGGAUGCACUAGAGGUGAAAGGGGCUAA